AUGACUUCAGAAGCUUACUUUCUGUUCUUUAACUGUAUCAAUCUGGUCACUUUCGAAGCCUUUGCUUGGAUUUCUCUUUUCGUAGCCACUAUUGCUUUCUUCCUCUCACCAGGUGGCCUCGCAUGGGCUUGGACCGGGUCAUCCAAGACCCGUGUUUCGAUCCCUGGUCCUUCUGGUUCUCUUUCCGUCUUCUCUGGUUCCAACCCUCACCGCGUACUCGCAGCCCUUGCCAAACGCUUCAAGGCGAUUCGUUUGAUGGCGUUUUCCGUUGGGUUCUCGCGUUUUGUUAUCUCAAGUGAACCGGAGACGGCUAAAGAGAUUUUGAGCAGCUCUGCUUUUGCGGACCGGCCGGUUAAGGAGUCAGCUUACGAGCUUCUGUUUCACCGUGCCAUGGGAUUCGCACCUUAUGGUGAGUAUUGGAGGAAUCUUAGGAGAAUCUCUGCCACACAUCUUUUCAGUCCGAGAAGAAUCUCGAGCUUUGAGGGUGUUAGAACAGAUAUUGGUUUGAAGAUGGUGAAGAAGAUUAAAAGCGUUGUUGAGUCUGAAGCUGGUGGUGGUGAAGUUGAAGUGAAGAAAAUUGUUCACUUUGGUUCUUUGAACAAUGUAAUGACUACUGUUUUCGGUGAGAGUUACGAUUUUGAUGAAGUUAAUGGAGAUGGAUGUUUUCUAGAGAGGCUCGUGAGUGAAGGUUACGAGUUGCUUGGGAUAUUUAACUGGAGUGAUCACUUUGGUGUUCUUCGUUGGUUUGACUUCCAAGGAGUGAGGAAGAGAUGUAGAGCCCUGGUCUCUCAAGUCAACACUUUUGUCGGUAGAAUAAUUGUGAAACACAAGAUGAAGAUGAUUAACAAUCACCAUGGAGAGGAGAAUGACUUUGUUGAUGUCUUGCUUGGCUUGCAAAAGGAAGAAAAGCUGUCUGAUUCUGACAUGAUUGCUGUUCUUUGGGAAAUGAUAUUUAGAGGAACAGACACAGUUGCGAUUCUAGUGGAAUGGGUACUUGCAAGAAUGGUUUUGCAUCAAGACAUUCAAGCAAAACUCUACAAAGAGAUAGCUUCCGUUACAAGUAACAACACUAGACCCUUGUCUGAUUCCGACAUCUCAAAACUGCCCUACCUUCAAGCUGUUGUCAAAGAAACCCUAAGGAUCCACCCACCUGGACCACUUCUCUCAUGGGCCCGUCUUGCGAUCCACGAUGUCCACGUAGGUCCGAACCUUGUCCCUGCAGGAACCAUAGCUAUGGUCAACAUGUGGUCCAUCACACACGACGCCAGAAUCUGGACCGACCCUGAAGAGUUUAAGCCAGAGAGGUUCAUUGAUGGUGAGGAUGUGAGCAUCAUGGGUUCGGAUCUUAGGUUGGCUCCAUUCGGGGCGGGUCGUCGGGUUUGCCCGGGUAAAGCAAUGGGUCUAACCACUGUUCAUCUCUGGAUUGGUCAAUUGAUUCAGAAUUUCGAAUGGGUUAAGGGUUCUUGUGAUGUUAAGCUCACUGAGGUUCUCAAGCUGUCUAUGGAGAUGAAGAAGCCUUUGAAGUGCAAGGCUGUUCCAAGGAAUGUUAGUUUUGCCUGA